AACAGCGCAUUUAUAAACGCCUGUGACGUCAGUCGAGCGGCUCAGCCUCGGGGAUGAAGAUGGUUCUCAUCAAAGAAUACCACAUUGUUUUGCCAUGCACUGUUGAAGAGUAUCAAGUAGGGCAGCUGUACUCUGUGGCAGAAGCCAGCAAGAAUGAGACCGGUGGAGGAGAGGGCAUAGAGAUAUUGAAGAACGAGCCCUAUGAAAAGGAUGGCGAGAAAGGACAGUACACGCACAAAAUCUACCAUCUCAAAAGCAAAGUACCAGGCUUUGUAAGGGUGAUCGCUCCUGAAGGUUCGCUUGUGUUCCACGAAAAGGCCUGGAAUGCGUACCCUUACUGCAGAACAAUUGUAACGAAUGAGUACAUGAAGGAUGAUUUUUUCAUCAAGAUUGAAACAUGGCACAAACCUGACCUUGGAACACUAGAGAAUGUUCACAAAUUGGACAGUGGAACGUGGAAGACUGUGGAGGUCACACCCAUUGACAUUGCAGACAAAGAACAAGUAGCCCCUGGUGACUAUAAGGUAGAUGAGGAUCCAGCUAUUUUUAAGUCAGUCAAGACCGGCAGAGGACCACUGGGACACAAUUGGAUGAACGAACUGGUUAAUAACCCUGACUGCCCACGAAUGUGUGCUUACAAGCUUGUCACGGUCAAGUUUAAGUGGUGGGGCCUGCAGAACAGGAUAGAAAGCUUCCUUCACAAGCAAGAGAAGAGAAUCUUCACCAACUUCCACCGGCAGCUGUUCUGCUGGAUUGAUAAGUGGGUAGAGCUCAACAUGGAGGACAUCAGACGGAUGGAAGAGGAGACACAGAAAGAGCUGGAGGAGCUUCGCAAGCAAGGUCAAGUGCGAGGAACCAGUGCUGCUGAUGAAUGAGACCAACCACGACCACCGCUUUCCUCAAGAGGAGAGACCACAUCGGCCUGGCCAAAUCACACCAGUGGAACCAAUCCCAUUAAAUUUACUCAGUCAGGAGCUCUACAUUUAGAUUCGUUACUGAUAUUUUAGAUAUAAACCUCUCUUCCCCACAGUGCCUUUAUCACAAAUGCUGAAGAAUUUUUUUUUUUCUUGUUCAUUCACUUGCUCAGUUUUCCAGACGUUUCCCUCAGGGCAGGGCCAGGCUUUACAUUUCACUUCCUUCACUCUUGUCUUGUCCUGCCUGGGCUUUAUUAAGAACAAACUUUGGGAACAUACCAUUUGCAAACACUUUUCGCUCCAAAAAUCACAAUUGUACAAGCAUAUAUAUGCACACAGAUGCGCAAACACUCCCAGGUGUGAAUUCCUGUGUGGUGAUUUCCCACAAGGCCUUUUAAGGGUGAAGAUUGCUUUCAGUGCGUUUAAUCGCAUGCUUCUUUUCAAAAUCUCUUAUAACAAUAGCCUUUAUGGAA